GAGCUUCUCUGAUCCACAUUUUGCCUUGCACUUUUUGCAAACCCUUUUGGAGGGCCUUCUCUAGCUCUCGCAUCUCCUCUUUUUCUCGCAGCUGAAGGACGCCAAGGACCAUACCGCCGGAGGGGAGAGGGGAGAGGAGUCGUCUUUUUAGGAAGAAGAAGCAGAAGGAAAGGUCGUGUAGCAUGGCGUCCUCUGUGGCGACGUUCGGGGUUCAGAGCCUCUCCAAGGCUGCAUUUGGGGUGGCCACAAGGUGCGAUGUUGCCACAAGUGGUCCUCAGAUGGCCUUUUGUAGUGGUGUGUGUGUCCCUGCUAGGGCCAGUAGCUUGAGAGCGAGCGCUUUCAUCUCUGGGGUCAAAGGGUUGAAGCAGCAGGCUAGAAAAGCAGGGUGCAUGAGGAGCGUGCAGGCAACGAGGCCGGGGAUUGUCGCCCAGGCUGCCGCUGGCGAACUCGACGUCCCGACUGUCGCCGACACAAAGGCCUCCUUUUUGGCGGCCUACAAGAAGCCCAUCCCCAGCAUCUACAACAACGUCCUCCAGGAGCUCCUUGUGUUGCACCACUUUGUGCGCUUUAACAGCGACUACAAGUACGACCCCAUCUUCGCGCUGGGCCUGGUGACAGUUUACGACCAGUUGUUCGACGGGUACCGCAACGGGGCCGAGGAGAAGGAGACGAUCUUCCAAGCGUACAUCAAUGCGCUCCAGGAGAGUCCCGAGCAGUACAGGAAUGAUGCAGAAGCGUUGGAAGAGUGGGCGGGCGCCCAGUCUGCGGAGAGCGUGUUGAAGUUCGACGGGGACAGCGCAGCGGAGAAGGCGAUGCAGGACGUCAGCACGCGGGCCAAGGAGGGCAACUUCCACUACAGCCGCUUCUUCGCUAUCGGCCUCUUCAGGAUACUGAACCUCGCCAAGGCGUCCGAUCCUGCCACCCUCGAAAAGUUGACCAGCGCGUUGAACGUGAGCAAGGCGAGCGUAGACCGGGACCUCGACAUUUACCGGGGGCUGCUGACCAAGCUGGCGGCGGCCAAGGAGCUCCUACAAGAGUUCCUCGAGAGGGAGCAGAAGAAGGCUGCGGAGCGGAAAUCGGAGCAAGAGGCGAAAGCGGUGCCGUCAACCCCCGCAGCGGAGUCGUCCUGAUUGUCCGCUGAAACUAUGCAUUGCAUCGAGCAUGUUUUGACUUGGCGAGCAUCGCGUUCCGAGUGAGGGGAAGAGUCCCGAGCUAGACUUGUACGUAAGCCCUCCUGUUUGUGCGGUUGCGGACUAGUAAAAGUUCGUGUGCUGGCUUCGAACGGCCAGGUGACGUCCGCACUGAUCAAAAGUGACGUCAGUUGACUAGUGCUGGCCUCAGGAGCGUAAGGACUGACAGCUGGAGACAACAACGCUGUUCCGUUAUUUUCGCAUGAUUUAGACGGUUCCCUUGUAGGUACCAAUCGGCUAUGUUGUAAACAUUGAAUCAAAGGUCGUUAUUGAAUCUUCGGUUCAGAGUUGUCCGACAACGGUCAGGCACAUCAGGCUGCGAUCGCCACAUCAAGCUCCGACCCUGGUUUACGGUGGCCGGCCCAACAACAAUGGCUGAAAGGCUCAGAUCUCAGUGCCAAUGCCUCAUGCAACUUCGACUUUGCAUGCGAAAUCAGUGCGGC